UCUCAUAAAAAUCCAAACCCUAACCCUAAAAUUCCAUGGCGUCCUGUUUGAUUUCCUGCAAAUACCCAAUCUCUAAACCCUCACUCCUCCGCCCAACUCCCUUCGUCGCCGCCCCCCUUCGCCUUCGCACUUCUCAAAGAUCUGCGGCCGUUGGGGUUAGGGUUAGGGUUUCGGCUCCGGCGAUCAGAGCGAGCGUCGACGUUCCCGCUGGACUCAGGCCUGGGCGAGUUGUGGGGACCGAUAAGCUGCCUUCGGAUGUGAGGAAUCGAGCGAUGGAGGCCGUUGAUUCGUACGGAGGCAGGGUUACGAUUGGGGAUGUGGCGAGUAGAGCUGGGCUUAAAUUGAAUGAGGCUGAGAGAGCUCUUCAGGCUCUCGCUGCUGACACUGGUGGAUUCUUAGAGGUUUCAGAUGAAGGCGAUGUUCUUUAUGUUUUCCCAAGGGAUUACAGGUCAAAGUUGGCUGGGAAAUCUUUUAGAAUGAAAGUAGAACCUCUACUCGACAAAUUGAAGGGAGGGGCUGAGUACUUAAUCAGGGUCUCCUUUGGGACAGCACUUAUUGCUUCAAUAGUUAUUGUUUACACAACAAUCAUCGCGCUCGUCUCAAGUAGAAGGUCUUAG